CCACUCCCGCGCGCUCCUCCGCUCGCUCGCGCCGAGGAAAACGUUGCGCAGGUUCAAAAAUGGAACGUCGUCGGCGUGAGGGAGUGCGAGGGGGUGUGCGCGCGUGCGCGUGCGCGUGCGCGCCCGGGCGAGGGUGACCGGGACCCCGCCGCCGGCCCGAGCAUCGCGCGCCGCAGCCGCGGGCCCGCAGCUCCGCCCCCGGCCCGGCCCGGCCCGGCCCCGGGCCCGCUCGUCCGCCGCCCCGCAUGGAGCUGUCAGCCAUCGGCGAGCAGGUGUUCGCCGUGGAAAGCAUCCGGAAGAAGCGCGUGCGGAAGGGUAAAGUCGAGUAUCUGGUGAAGUGGAAAGGAUGGCCCCCAAAGUACAGCACGUGGGAGCCAGAGGAGCACAUCCUGGACCCCCGCCUGGUCAUGGCCUAUGAGGAGAAGGAGGAGAGAGACCGAGCGUCGGGGUAUAGGAAGAGAGGUCCGAAACCCAAGCGGCUUCUGCUGCAGCGGCUGUACAGCAUGGACCUGCGGAGCUCCCACAAGGCCCAGGGCAAGGAGAAGCUCUGCUUCUCCCUGACGUGCCCACUCGGCAGCGGGAGCCCCGAGGGGGUGGUCAAGGCGGGGGCGCCUGAGCUGGUGGACAAGGGCCCCUUGGUGCCCACUCUGCCCUUCCCGCUCCGCAAGCCCCGAAAGGCCCACAAGUACCUGCGGCUCUCACGCAAGAAGUUCCCGCCCCGCGGGCCCAACCUGGAGAGUCACAGCCAUCCACGGGAGCUCUUCCUGCAGGAGGCACCGGCACCGGACGUCCUGCAGGCAGCCAGCGAGUGGGAGCCUGCUGAGCCGCCCCCCGAAGAGGAGGUAGCAGAUGCAGACCUGGCCGAGGGACCCCCUCCCUGGACACCCGCGCUCCCCACAAGUGAAGUGACCGUGACAGACAUCACCGCCAACUCCAUCACCGUCACCUUCCGCGAGGCCCAGGCCGCUGAGGGCUUCUUCCGAGACCGAGGCCGAGACCGAGGCCGCAGCGGAAAGUUCUGAGUCUCCGUUUUUACUUCUUAGACUGUUUUCUUUGGGGCUCGGGGUGGGGACUUCCAGAGGGGAGGAGGGGUCUAGGGAGGGUAAUUAUUUUAUUUAAAAAUACGAAACGGGAGGAGGGGGAAGAUCCCAACACUCUCCCACCAUCCUCCCCGUGCUCUGUGGGGGAGGUUUACAGAGAGGCCUCCGGGUCUGUUUCUGGCAGGGGCGGGUACCUGGCACUGCUCUGUCAGUUUGGGUACCAUCUCCAGAGCAGAAUGGAGACAGGGCCACCCCUGCACACCUCCAUCGCCCUUCUCCCCAGACACAGAGCUGGCCCUGGGAACCAACCAACCGCAGGAGUCCGGCCUCCCCCUCACGGCGCCCAGCCCUGAGGCUGAUUUUGCCUUUGCCUCUCUGGCAGGAAGGGGUCUGUAUUUUUAUCUUUGCACUCCAGCUUGAGGUGGGAUGGCGGCUCCUUUGCCCAGAGGGAGGGUCAGAGAGAAGGGCCAAAGGAAGGGGUAGAGAUGGCUGCAGUGUCCUGAGUCCGUACCCUUCAGAGAGGCCUCUACUUUCCCUGGGGCAGCUGCCAGCCGAGGCCUCCUGCUGAGAGCUUCCCCAGUCCCACCCUCCCCAGCUGCACCCGGGUGCGCGCACCCUGCCCUCCUGCCCCAUGAGUGUGUGCAUGUAACUGCAGACGUGUGCGAUGGGUCCUGCAAAUCUCUUGUUUAGAAACCUUAUCAGGUGAAUGUGAGGUGAUCACAGCACAAAAGAACUUGUCACGGGCACCACACACUCACCCCACCUGGCAUAGCCCAUCACGUGACCAGAUCUGGCCCUACUCCGCUCUUCGUUUGCUGGAAGCUAUCGGCAGGGUCUGGCAUGGCAGAUGUCCUCUGCUGCUCUGGGCAGACCUGUGUGGCUUCGCCGGGCCAGCUGCCGGCGUGGGGUGGGGGCGUCUGCAGGUGGACCUGCGCUUCCUCCUGGGGGGCUCUGUUCUCUCUGACUCAGGUGACCUUUCAGCCCUUCCCACUCCCCUCUUCUGCCCUCUCCUCAGCUCAGCCAAUGGUGGAUGUGGGUGGUCAGGGAGGGAGGGAGUCCCACCACCUUCUCAGGGCAGCCUCAACUCCCUCCAUCCCUCCUCCUUGCAUCCUGUGCCCCCUCUGCACCCCACAUGCCGAAGCUGGGCUGGCCUGUGUUCUGUGGUGGGGCCUCUGCCGUGUCUUCCUGCAGUCAGGCUGCGGGGGGGGGGGGGGGGGCAGGCUGUGCACAAGCCCAGGCCGCCUCCAGCACAGGCUGUGUCUGCCAGCGGGAGGGCACUCACUUUCUAGUUUGCACCAAUGUGCCCUGUGGACUGGUAACUCCCCUGGCAGUGAGGAGUGGCUUCUGCCCAUCCCAGCCCUGUAGGCAGAAAAGGCCACAAGGCGGGGAUGGGGGGCAGUGGGGGGGUGGGGGGGGCUGGAAGUGCAGGAGGGCAAGUACAAGCCUGGCCUCCACCCUCUGCCAUUCUGCCUGCCCUCCAGGGCCGCCCUCCCGCUGUGUCCUGAGGCAGGAUAGGGCUAUUCCUUCCCCAAGCCCCCCUCCCCAGUUCCCAAACCAAAGACACCGCACCCCAUUUCUGCGUUGGGUGCCCUGUUGGCAAGAUUCUCAAAUCCCUGGUCUCUCUCCCCUUCUUCCUUAUUUCUUCACUGUCCAGGGUCAAUUCAGUGCUUCCAUUGGGGACAGUCCCCUCUGGGGGUGACUUGAUUCACCCCAGCCUGGGGAGUUGAAUCUAGAGGUUCAAGUGGGGGUGGGUCAGGGGAAGGAGGGGCGGCUGUGCCCCUGGGAGGGAAAGGCAGCUGGAGUUGGGACCUUCCCAGGACAGAGGCUCCCAGCCGAGGCGAGGCGUGGAGGGGGGUGGGCUGGGAGGUCUCUAGUGGAAUACUGUUUGCUCAUGGCUUUGGGACAGGCUGGCAGCUUCUAGUAUAAGUCAUACUCAUUCCCCAGGGGACACAGGACCUCGUCCUGGCUCAUGGGCCCUCCCAGAGAGUGUGUUAGGUCCGCACCACCAGGAGCCAGGCCAAGAGACAGAGUUUAAGAAAGUUUACGUUCUCGCCACGGGCUGAGCCCUGUAUGCCCGCGUCAGUGAGGGAGUGUUUGUGUUUCCUUAUACAGGCCGGGGUCAGGGCUGCUGCCUGAGCAGGACGUCCUUGGAAGACAGCAGGGUGUCUGGGGAGGGGGCACGUGUCCACCAGAGGGAGUGCCGGAGUCGGCGGGGAGUGGAUCUUAUUUUGCUUCUGCAGGUGCAGGCUGUUUGCUUCAAGCUAUGGGAAACACUGUAACAACAUCUCAGAAACAUGUCCAAGGAGGGGCCGGGCAGUGCGUCCCGAUAAGCUGUGUGUGUAGAAUUUGCAGAAUCGGGGUGUGGGGGCCUGUUGUGGAAUGAGGCAGCAACAACCAAACCCUUCUUGCCUCUGACUCAGCUCUUUCUGGCCCACGGGUGUCCUUUCUGGCCCACGGACAGGUCAGUUUUCUGUGUCUCAGAGAGGGCUGACCCUGCAGAGCCUGCUCCCUGGGGGGAAGGGCUGUGGCCUGUUAGGACCCCGCCCCCAGCACAUAGACCUCAAUGAGGGGUUGGGUGUGGCCUCCUCCCAGCCCUGAGUGUCCCCGCCUCCCACCUCCCCACCUCGCCUCGCUUCCACACUGAAGGCCAGAACUCCAGGGAUUGGAUGCUUCGAAAGAUUGGACCUCCUGCCUCCCUUGGCCCACCCCCACUCAAAUGUACUCCCCCCCUCCCCCCCGCCCGUGGGAUCAGGCAAGGCCACUCCUCAUGCAGCAGCCGAGCCCAUGAUCAUCACCCCAUCGAGCCGUUGCCAACGUCCCCUCCUCCCCUGCUGGGGAAGGCGCUAUGCUUCUGCGUAGCUUCGCUUUAGAAGUGGCCAGCCUGGCCUCCAGGUCUCAGCACAAGAAGGCUUCCUUUGCACAGAAUGAGCAGUGAGCUUUGUUCAGACGAAAUGAAUGUAUUGGGAGGGGCUGGCACGAACCGUCCCCAGCACCUGCCUCUUGUGAGUGGGUGCGUGCUGGGGGAGCCGGAGUGGAUGCAGAGCUCGGUUUAUUUUUGUACUGAUAUUGGUAACAGACUGUAUAGCAUCUAUUUAUUUAGAUGAUUUAUCUGGUAAAUGAGGCAAAAACUAUUAAAAACACAUUAAAGAUGAUUUUUAAAAAGGUGA